AUGAAAAGACGUCAUGAAGUGAGGGGAAAAGAUGCAAUCGACAGCGCCAUAUGGAAAUAUAUGACCUCUCAGGCUACUUUCUCAAGUCAAGACGGAGAGAAAGAACGGAAAAUUGUACCACCGAUGAUUACCCUUACUCUUCUAAAAUUUAUUUGUUUUAUAUUUCUUCAUAUUCCUUUAUCUAUUAUUCUGUCGUUCGUUUUUUCUCUUUCCUUCGUUUCUAUUUCUUCAUUUACAGUUCUUUAUCAUUUUUUCCUUCAUUCCUUUAGAAGUUUUUUCUUCGCUUUUUUGUUUGUAAAGAGUUCACAGUUGUUGUUUUUUCUUUCUUUUACAUUCAUAUAUCUUUAUAUAAAAUCAUCUUCUUUCCUUCUUAUAUACGACAUUUUUUUUAUUACAUUCUAUCAUUUACGGCAUUCUUUUGUCUUUCUUUCUCUUCAUAUUUUCGAAACAUGUUUUUUCUUUAUAUAUAGUUGUUCUAUUUUCUGUUUUUCCUUCACUUAUUCCUUUCAUUUUUCUUUACUCCAUUCAUACUUUUAUGGAUUUCUUCUUUUAUUUUUAUUUCCUUCAUUCUAUCAUUAUUUUAUUUCAUUUAUGAUUCAGCUCUUUUCUUGUGAUUUAUUAAUAUUGAUUUUUCAUUAA